AUUAAUAGUGUGGGUUAUUUAAAGCUGAAUUACAUAUCAGUGUUUAGCGAUAAUUUAGAUACUGCAGGUUGAAGAGGAGAGUUCUUCGUACUAAGGCUUCAAAAUGUAUAGCUGGGCGUUGUGGACGUUGAUGCUCCACACUGCGAUAUAUAGCUGCGUGACGGGGGCCUGUACUGACCGCUGUAGCUGUGACAGAGCGUUUACAUGUGAUGGAACUGGAGUGGAGUGUGGAUAUCAAGGAUUGACCAGAGUACCGACUGACUUUCCCAUCGAUACUUGUUCCAUGGAUUUGUCAUCCAAUGAUAUAACGACUAUAGAGGAUGGCGCAUUCUUUGGAUUGAGCGGCUUGCAAUCACUUGAUUUGUCUACAAAUAAGAUAACCAAUAUAGAGAAUGGUGCAUUUUGUGGAUUAACCAGCUUGCAGUCAUUGGAUUUGUCUUUCAACGAUAUAACGAUUAUAGUGGAUGGCGCAUUCUUUGGAUUGAGCGGCUUGCAAUCACUUGAUUUCUCUUUAAAUAAGAUUACCAACAUAGAGAAUGGCGUAUUUCUUGCACUGACCAGCUUACAGACAAUCGAUUUGUCUUCAAAUAAGAUAACCAAUGUAGAGAAUGGCGCAUUUCUUGGAUUGACCAGCUUGCAAUCACUGUCUAUUGGAGAUAAUCCGUUCCAUUGUGAUUGCUCUCUGGAAGCCUUUACACAAUUCUUGCGAGGACGUCCGUCAUACUUAAAUAAUCCACAAUGCUCCACCCCUGGUGAUCUGGCUGGCACAGAACUGAUGAAGGUCUCAUUUGAAGAUAUGGACUGCACGAAGCAGAACAACGUUUCAUUGAAAAACAUGGACUACACAGAACGGAACAAAAUUCCACUUGAAGACAUGGACUGCACAAACUCAAGUACAAGGGUGACUAUGUUUAUCGUGUCAAGUAUUAAUAUUCUGUUAUUCCAUGUAGUCUGUAGAUUUUGAGGUUAAUAGACUUGAGUGUUCAAACUUGCAUUGGAUAUCUUAUUAGUAUGGACUGGACUUUACUGAUUUGUUUAUAACUUUAUGAUAUGCUUCCAUGGCGUUAUAAAUGUUUGUAACACUUUUACUGAACUCAGAUCAGCGGAGAAACUAACGACUGACACUUUGUUGUCCGAAUUUGAUUUUUGUGUUUGUACAUUUGUAAAUAUCAUUGAAACAUUUUAUUGCACAUCAACCGUUAAUUUCAAAUUAUGUUAUUGAUUUUUACGGACAUUUUCCAUUAUUAUUCUCACAAUGUACUCUCUAGAUAUAUUGGACCAUUUUGCAUCAGCAGAAUCCUCAUAAACAGUUUGUACCUUUGUUUUCUAGUCACUACAAGUUAUGUCUGCUCUAUGACAGCCAAAUGGAAAUCCUGUAAAAAAAAAAAAAAACAAGAAAACCUCAUGAUAUUUUUGUAUGAGAUAUAUCACAAUGUUAGAACGACCUAGUUCGUCAAUACAACCUAUCAUGAGUCAAAGGUUAUCUGAUGUAUUUCAUACCGAUUGUUAGGUCGUUCUUGGGACACCGAUUUUGGUUACGGAUAACUCCGUUUACCUGAUGCAUAUAUGGGGGGGGGAUGGCGGGUGUGACUGGUCGACAGGGGAUGCUUUCUCUUCCUAAGCACCUGAUCCCACCUCUAGUAUAUCCAGGGGUCCAUGCUCGCCCAUCACUACAUUUUGUAUUGCUUAUAGGAGUUAUGAGAGUGAUCAUUGUUCGUUAUCUUCACCUUUUAGUCAUAUCAUCAGAAAUCGAUUUCAUUUAUGAAAAUACACGAAGGCAAUGACAUAUUUUCUGAAGUAUGAAAAGUUUAUUUCUUAUAAAUUUACAUUCCACUUGCAUUUCUGCCGCAAUUUCCAGCCUUUAAACAGACGUAUUAUAUUUGUCAAGGCAGGGGAUGCUUGUUCCUUCUUACGAACCUGAUCCCACCUCUGGUGUGUACGGGGAUCCGUGUUUGCCGUACUCUGAAUUUUGUGUUCUUUGUUAUGAAAUGGAUCCCUGUUUCUUAUCGCCAUGUAUUCAUUCAUAUGCACAUUGUUCGGAGCUACUUCGCAUUCAUGAGGAAUGAUUAUCAUUACAAUUGGUAGUAAAGGCAAAGACAUUGUAGAAAUCUAUCACAACAACAUCCCUCAGUUUGGAUUAUUCUACAAGAUUUCAGUAGUUGCACUGUUGGAGGAGUAUAUCCAUCAUAUUUUGUAUCGUCCUUAACAUUGAACACAAACUCAGGACACCGUGUUAACGAGUUCCCUCAGAUCUUGUAACCAAGAGAUUCCACCUGGAAAUAAAUAGUAAAUAAUUAAUAUGUUGGCAGUACAAACACUUGUCUCCUGGCAUUGAAGAAUGAAGAAAGGAACAAUUAAAUAGAUGGUUGGACAAAGUGUUACAAAGAAAUUUAUAACACUCUUCCUAUAUGUAUAUUUCUAUAUAGAUAAACAUUUUGUUUUUCGAAUUCAAAAGACACUCCACAAUUACUGAUUAUAUAGGCCCAUGGGAAUUCUAACAGACUGUUGGAAGACCAGAUCACCAACGACUUCGAAGAUACUGUCAAUGAGGAACUCCCGCAUCUUUUUAAUAUCAGCCUCAAAAUACUUGUGCGUAGAAUCAAAGUGGUGUUUUACAAAGCGAUUUCCUGAAUGACUGAUCACUAGAUAAAUCUUAUUUUUAUUUUUGCUGAAGUUUUGCAAUCCAGUUUAUAGGUACAGUAACUCACAUGCCUUGGUCUUAUUAACUGGGAUAUUAAAUGUUUUUAAAAACUGAAACGUGAUUUUGAAGGAUCACAUCUUUGAAAAGGAAAUUUCAUUAUAUGUUUAAUCAUCAUAUGUAAAUAUGCAUCAAUUCUUUGUAAAAUAAAUGCACCAUUGUUUUCAUUGAUUAUAAUACUUGUAACAGACCGAGUGGUAUACAGGGAUAGGUUACAAAGGAAGAAAACACUUGAAUCAGGAAACUGUGCUGACCUCAAUCUUUGAAAUUAUCCAAAGCUGGCUAAUUAGAUAUUAAGUGACAGACGGAGUCAGUGCACACAUAUGCAACAAAGGAAGAAUACAAUUCAUAUCUAUAUUUUUUACCAUUGCAAAAAAUCCGAAAAUUGUUACAUAUACAUUUCUGAACUUCAGAUUCUAGAGAGAAAUUUGUAUCUUCUAUUGAUCUGUGAAAAAAACUAAUCGAGGACUUAUUCGUGCAAAAGAAACUCCAAUACUUUUGUUUAUCCUACUUUUUAAAAAUAUGCACUUCUGUGUUGAGUCUACUAGAUUAAAAUUGACA